CUGGAAGGAGCCUGUAAAAAGUCAUUUCCGGGAAGGCAAAGACAUGCUUUCUGGACUGCAACAUGGAGGCUGCUAGUGGGAUCAAUGGAUCGGUUUCUGGGGAGCUGGUGUCCGUGGCACAUGCCCUUUCUCUCCCAGCAGAGUCUUACGGCAAUGAUCCUGAUAUUGAGAUGGCUUGGGCCAUGAGAGCAAUGCAGCAUGCUGAAGUCUAUUACAAGCUGAUUUCAUCAGUUGACCCACAGUUUCUGAAACUCACCAAAGUUGAUGACCAAAUUUACUCUGAGUUUCGGAAACAUUUUGAGACACUCAGGAUAGAUGUAUUGGACCCAGAAGAACUCAAAUCAGAAUCAGCUAAAGAGAAGUGGAGGCCAUUCUGCUUGAAAUUUGAAGGGAUUGUAGAAGACUUCAACUAUGGUACUUUACUACGACUGGAUUGCUCCCAAGGCUACACUGAGGAAAACACCAUCUUUGCACCCAGGAUACAGUUUUUUGCCAUUGAAAUUGCUCGGAACCGGGAAGGCUAUAACAAGGCAGUCUACAUCAGUGUUCAGGACAAUGAAGGAGAGAAAGGAGCUAACAAUGGUGUAGAAGAGAAAACUGAGAAAGGUGAUAGUGAAGGAGAAAAAGAGAAAACUGACAAAGGAGGAGAAAAAGAGAAGGAAGCCAACAAAGAAAUCAACAGAAGUGAUGAAGCAUCUGUGUAAGGCAGUAAGCCAUCAGUUUGGGCCUGGAGGACAAUAUUUUACCAAACUGCUGUGGAUGACUCCCAAA